GGAGGAGGAGUGGGAGAUGGCGACGGCAGAGAGCGAAGACGCUGGCGGCGGUCAGGGACGAGCGCGCCGGGGCUGCGAGCACUACGACCGCGGAUGCUCCCUCAAGGCUCCUUGCUGUGGUAAACUUUACAUCUGCCGCUUAUGCCAUGAUAACAACGAAGAUCAUCCUCUGGACCGUUUUAAAGUGAAAGAAGUACAGUGUACAAAGUGUGGAAAAGUUCAGAAUGCUCAACAGACUUGUGAAGAAUGUAGCACUGUGUUUGGAGAAUACUAUUGUGAUAUAUGCCACCUAUUUGACAAAGACAAGAAGCAGUACCAUUGUGAGAAGUGUGGAAUUUGUAGGAUUGGUCCAAAGGAAGAAUUUUUUCACUGUUUGAAAUGUAACCUAUGCCUAUCUUUGAGUCUCCAAGGGCAUCACAAGUGCAUUGAGAAUGUCUCCAGGCAGAAUUGCCCCAUAUGUUUAGAGGACAUUCAUACGUCCCGUGUGGUUGCUCAUGUCUUGCCCUGUGGACAUCUUCUACACAGAACGUGUUAUGAAGAAAUGUUAAAAGAAGGCUACAGAUGCCCCUUGUGUAUGCACUCUGCUCUAGACAUGACUCGCUAUUGGCGGCAGUUGGAUAACGAAGUGGCGCAAACGCCCAUGCCAACGGAGUAUCAGAAUAUGACUGUGGAAAUUCUCUGCAAUGACUGCAGUGCCCGCUCAACGGUCCAGUUCCACAUACUAGGAAUGAAGUGUAAGAGCUGUGAGUCGUAUAAUACUGCCCAAGAUGGAGGGUGUGGAAUUCCUCUAGAGCAGCAGUGACCAGCCUCUCUCAGCUGUGUAGACAGGACUGCCUCACAAGACUCAGAAUUCUUUCUGAAAUAAGAAGCGUUCCUAUGCUAUCACAAACAUUAGUGUAAUGUUUGUGGUCAUGUCACAACAUAACCUCCCGCCACGGGGACUUGGUGAUCAGUCUCUCAAUAGAAUCGUCAUCAUUUUUAUUGUGCAAAAACUGGAGCUCUACCAUUGAGUGGAAAUUCCUUCAAUGUUAUUUAGAACCCAGAUGACAUUGUGCUUUGGAAUUGAUGUUCAUUAGAAUGUAUAAUUUCAUUGCAUUUCCUCUUAAGCAAAGCUAUGCAUCCAGAAUCUAUAAAUAGUUCUUAAUAGAACUGUGCUUAACAUUAAAACUUUAUCUUAAGGGCUGUAUUGUAAGACUCGGGUUUAUCUUACUGUCUAAAUAAACUUUAGAAUUUUAUAAAGCAGUCCCUUUUGAAUGCUAUAAAUGUGUAUUUUAAUGUAACAUCAAAUAAAAAAUUCUUGGCAUAGUC